CGCAGCGUGAGGAAUACUGAUCAACCUGUUAGCUGCACCUCAGCGUGCAUUUCAGGACUUCUCUCUGUGACUGAAUCGUCUCUGCGGGAUUUAUUGAAUCUGAUCAUCCACCUGCUGAAUGUCACCGCGUUCAUUUGGCGCAGCCUCCUCUGACCGAACGCGUGGUCAUUAUCACUGUUGUCCCCUCUGAUGUGCGACAGAGGGUCACACAGAGAGGACCUGUGGACUGUCAGCCCGCGCCCGUGCCGCUGCAAGAAGGGAAGCCCCCCACGCGUUGCGCGCCAGGAUCGCCGGUGUGUGUACAUUGGCGGCGUGGAGCGCGUGUGCACGUGCGUCAGGCACUACAUGUGUAAGUUCGCGCACGGCAAAGCCCCGGGCUCCGUCCUCAACAGUUGCCACCGGAGCGGAGGAGAGGAGAGGAGAGCGAGCGAGACAGCAGACUGAGGACGGACAGACGCGGAGCAACCACGCCGCUCUGCCCGGCUCUCUCUGCUCCUGACAUGCAGUCGUUCAUCUCUCCGGUGACAAAGGCCAUCCUAGUAGCGCUCUUCAUCUUCGCCAUACUUCUCAUCCUCUAUGUGAUCCUCUGGUACAUCUGCAGAGACGUGGACUGCGACCACGGCAUCUGAGGAUUCCGGUAAAACGGUGAUAUCGGGGGAUUUUUACAAUGGAGCGUGCAGAGGAGCCCGCAGAGUCCAGGGUCAACCCGUAAGUGAAAACAGGCGCGACAAGGACGCAGGCGAGGAUGGAUGGACGACUUUAUAUUGGAACGUGUCCUGUGUAGACGCACCCACGCCUUUUAGUUGCUCGUCGCGCCUCCUCCUCUCCAUGUUCACUCUCCAGUCUCCUUCUCCACGUCCUGACCCUGGUCGUGACGGAGAUGUUUGCUUUCUGGUCUCAUCUUCUGCCAGUUAUCAAGCUUUACCUGCUUGGUUUGAAGGUUUUGUUGACUCAGCUGUUCAGCAGACCUUUCAGGUUACCAGUGAUGCCCAGACAAGAUGGCAAGGUUGCCAUAGUGACAGGAGGUGGCAGUGGAAUCGGCUAUGAGGUAGUCCGCCACAUGGCCAGGCUGGGGGUGCAUGUUAUUAUAGGUGGGAGGGAUGAGCAGGAGGGCCUGGUAGCCGUCAGAAGGAUCUGUGAAGAGUACAAAGAGGCCAGAGUGGAGUUCAAGAAACUGGACUUAGCCUCUUUGCAGUCUGUUCAUCAGUUUGUCCAGAGCUUCAAACAGCGGCGCCUGCCACUGCACAUUCUGGUCAAUAAUGCGGGCGUCAUGCUGGUUCCCGAGGGCCGCACCGAAGACGGAUCCGAGCAGCACUUUGCAGUAAACUAUCUAGGUCACUUCCUGUUGACUUGGCUACUCCUGGACACACUAAAGGAUGCUGGGAAGUGUGGUCUCUUCUCCCGCGUGGUCAACGUCUCCUCCUCUGCCCACCGCAUCGGCAAGAUCAGACUACAUGAUUUAAAUAGCCGCCAGGGUUAUUCAGCCCAUGCCGCUUACUGUCAGAGCAAACUGGCCCAGCUGUUAUUCAGCUCCCACCUCCACCAGGAGCUGCAGCGUGGAGGUUUCCCAGUGACUUCCUGUGCCGUGGAUCCUGGCAUGGUGGAUACUGCUCUGUACCGCCACCUGUGGACGCCCCUGCGCCUGGCACAGAGCGCCCUCGCUCGCCUGCUUUUGAGGACCCCUGCUGAGGGUGCUGCCACAGUGCUGCACGCAGCCCUAUCACCAGCCCUGGAGGGGGAGUGUGGAGGAGGCUACUGGGCCGACGGGUGCAGGCAGAUGACAACGCCGCCAACCUUUGACCCUCAGCUGCAACUGAGCCUAUGGGAGACCAGCCUCCAACUACUGGGCCUGCAGUAGCAUGAGAUAACCGGGUGAACAACAGGACUCAACCCUGAAGAAAACGUCACAUUACGGACCCUUAACUUGGGUCAACCAGCCACCUUCUGUCUCCUAUUCCUCCAUUUGUUUUUCCUUAAUAUUUUUUUUUUCCUCCGUCCGACCCUCACAUCGAGGUGUUAGUGGUAUUUCAUGUCGACGGUCUUACAAUCCACCGCUGGACUGUGAUUGGUUAUAGGAAGCAAAUUUUGUUCCACAUACACCAAAGAAGGGCUGCAGGGGAUGGAAGACAUGUUUUUUUUUUUGUUUUUUACUGUGAGCGAGCUAACAUACGCACACAAAUAAACACACUGGAGGGUGAUAUGUCAUUUUGCGGGUAUAGAUACUGGGCAUACGCCGACAUCAGUUGUUUGUUCCCUGGUCGUAGCUAAGAUUAGACGUCUCGUCACACAUCGUAACAUUCAGAAACCUUCAGUGACACGUGCUCCAGUCUGCCUUAAUGUCAUUAUUCUGGCUCUCACAAAAAAGCUGUUUCGGUGGGUGUUUUUUUUUCCCCCAUACAAAUAUUAAAUUAUCAGGAAACAUUAAAAAGCUUUUUGAGGAAUGGAAAUAGCUCAAUUUAGAACCUGAAAUUUGGCUCUUUACUGGCUGCAAAAAUCACACGUCAGUCAAAACUUAGUGUGGGCACACACACACACACACACACACACACACUCUCACACUCACAAUGAUGCACCAUGACAUUGGUUAGAUUCUUAAAAUAUGAACACACCUCAAUGUAGUGUGCGAACGUGGUGUCAUGAUUUUGCUUUGACACGUCAUAACGAUUUGUCUGACUCAUUUCACUGGAAGCACCUUGGCAGCUGCUGGUUUUUGUGGUUGGAGCGAGCUGCAUUUAAAAGGUUUUUUGCAGUUUAACAAAGAUGCUGGGAAAACGUCAGCUGCAUGUUUUCUCCCCACACUCCUCAGCCGUCCAAGAUACAACGUUCCUAUUGACUGACGGGGGAACUGUGCCCGGAAAAAAAGGAGUUGUGCUACAAAACAGCCGGGCCAAAUUGGAACUAUUUCUUCAGCAGACUGGAGAGUAGUAUUAUCUUUGUUUUGGUUCUGGGGAUUUUCUUUGUCGUUAUUUUCUGAAGCCAGGAUUUCCAGACAAUUGUGUGUGCCCCCCCAACACCCCCCCGUCUCCUCAGAAACAAAAAGGGGACGACGUGGAAUCAGCCUCCCGUUCAGUCUGAUUCUGUCUCCGUUUUUCUUUGUCAUCCGUCUUAAUCAGUUUACUGUGCCUGCGAUAGACACGAGUGUGAGCUUUAUGCACAUGAGUUAAGCAUUGAACCAUGGUCUAUAGACCCAAUUCAUGUUGAUAGAGUACACAACAAUGGCCGGUCCAGCAGGACCAACAACUGAAGGACGGAAAGAAAGUCCUUUUUUCCCCCCUCUCAUAAUUCAAGCUGUGAUUGGUUCCUAAUUGCUGCUGCUUCCUCAUUUGGCACUGGUCCCAGUGCAUUAUGGGAUUGAGAUUUCCCAGUGGUGAGAAUCAAACUCCAUCUGCUGAGAGGACAUGCGCGCGCACACUCACACUCAAACAUCGGGAGCUGUAGUGUAUAUCCGGGCAGAGGCUUAUCGAGGCAAAGCACAAAGCCAACAUGUCUGUCUCAGACUCAUUAGGAAAAUAUCCACACACACACACAAAUACGCAGAACACACAGCCAUAACACCAUCACCACUGUGAUUAAUAGUUUUCACUUUGAUUUUCACUUUAAAUUAAAAAAAGUUUAGAAUCUUACAAUCCUGCUGUAUCUGUGUAACGUGCAGAUACAGCAGAUGCAGCUGAGCAUCAUAAAUGAAUCUACUACUGUCGCCGUAUGGGAAGCAAUAGUGUUACAAGGACAGACAAUUCAGACUAGAACUAGAAAAGUGUAAAAAAUAAAUAAAUAGCUUCUCAUAACCCAUAGUUCAAUCAUUUGAUUCAUGUUUUCAGUAGUCAGACGAAGACACAGCAUCCAAAAAAUGUCAAACUGUUUCUGUUUACAAAGACCAAAACAGAGGUAAAACCAACAACAACAAAAAAUCACCAAAUGUUAUGCACUGCAGCUUUAAAUGAGCCCGAGUGAAACAAAUCCAACUCAGCUUUUAAUAGAACUACAUUAUUUUUGCUAAAUAUCACAAUCCUUAGUGUAUUUUAACAAUGGAACAUUUACAGAUUUCAAUUAAAAGCAAACAUUUCUGAGUUGUUUUAUUUCCUGUUGUAGCAAUUGUGAGGGAAAAGACUUUAAAUACCAGCAAUACUCAGUUUCUAAGUGUUAUUUUCCUUCUCAGUGUUGUCAAAGUGCUUGGAAACAAAGUGUUUAUCGCCUCGGUGCUUCCUUGUUUGACUGUGGCUCCUUGAGGCUACACUACACUACACUGACAAAAAAAAACCAAACAAUCAAAAACUAGUCCUAGUGAAACAAAUGUGCUUCGUGUCCCUUCACAGAAACGAAAAACACCAGCUUACCACUCGGCUGCACUCAUUUAGAAAGUACACGGCUGUGGUGUGAGGCUAAAUCCUGUCACAGAGCUGUCAUGUUUCUGCUGCUACAGUACAACGUAUUAACACUCGAGAGCGGAAACAUCCGAGCACAACAUUUUCCAAAGACGGGGUGAGGAGGAGUGCGAGGGGGGGGGUAGGAUGCUAAAUGAUCAAUAAUUACCCUGUUAUACAUUUAGCUUCCUCCUCAUUCUGCACAGACAGGACGACACAGCACGGUGAACUUAAACUGCAAAUAUAGUAAAAAUAAAAAAAGAGUAAAAAAAAAAAAACAGGUCAAGUGGCGUGCUGUGAUAUCGUGUGUAUGUAUUUUACGUCAUUUCAAAGCGGCACCCGCUGGAUGUGUGGACCAGUGGAGAUGUACCGUAUGUAGACUGAAAGAUACAUUAAUAGCCAUUCUUAUUCUUCUGACUGACCUGGGAUUACAUUUAUAUUAAAUGUUCUGGUCCCAAGUUCUGCAAAUCCUAAAUGUGUAUAUGUAUAGGAAGAUAAUAUAAAUAUGUACACGGGGGAGCCAGAUGAACUGAGUCACACACUCUGGUACAAGAGAAAAACAUGUGCUACUACAUGUGCUACUGCCCCCCCCCCCCCCUUCACCUUUAACGCAUGUGUCCAUAUACCGUCCGUUUGAGUGUGACCUUUCACUUCUUCAGCCUCCUCUGGCUGUAAAUUGAAAGCCGGUGUAAACACUACACUCAGUGCAUCUGGACCCCCCCCCGGGGGUUUAUUAAACGUGUAAAAUGUUGUAUUUUUAUUGUUUUCUUCAUUGUUGUAGAGAGAUUUGAUUGCUUUUGCCGUGCCUAUGAAGAAAAUCUCCCCUCCCCGCGUGUGCAACUGUGACUUUUUUCCCCAUGUAGAAAUUGACUUGUAGAACCUGUGAUACGGUCUUGUCCUGUGCGUUGCUGUGAGUGUUUUCCUUCUCUUUGGUAAUGGAGACUAACAGUGUGUAUGAGUGAGUGUGUGUGAGUGUAUGUGUGUGUGUGUGUGUCUAGAUUAGGGAGUUUAUGUCCAUGUUUUUUGUCCCUGGUUGUGACAGUCCAGCAGCAGCAGCCACCACCUUUUCUAUUGUCCGGAGCCUCUCAAUAAACAUAUCAUUGUGCCA